UCUACUUUCACUUUCAAACUACCUCUGUUUUACACACUGCUUUUACAGUUGCUUCAACCUGGAUGAGAGUGAGACAUAAUAUAUUGAUAUUAUAUAAGUUUAAUAGGACAGCUUCAACAUGUGCACUGCACAAGUUUAAGACACCAAAGAUAUCAAAACUUAGCUGAAAUGCCUGCAGUUAGAACUACAAGGUAUAAAGAAGAUUUAAAGUCAUGACAGUUGUUAAAUUUUGAAUGAUGAACCUAUGGCAUAGAAGACUGUUAUUGUUGGUUCUAGUGACUAUUUCUGAAGGGAAACUGAAUGUUCUGUUGAUAGUGGCAGAUGAUCUUAGACCAUCUCUUGGUUGCUAUGGAUAUGAACCUUUGAUCACUCCAAAUAUUGACCUCCUUGCAAGUCAAUCAGUAGUAUUUAACAGAACAUAUGCACAGCAAGCUAUAUGUGGACCUAGUAGAGCUUCCUUUCUGACAAGUAGACGUCCUAAUACAACACAUGUGUAUGACCAGCAUACAUAUUGGCGUAAAAAGGGAGGCAACUUUACAACAUUACCACAACACUUCAAAAACAAUGGAUAUGUCACAUUCUCUGUUGGCAAAAUCUUCCACCCAGGUGCAGCUUCAGGAAAAACAGAUGAUUAUCCAUACAGCUGGUCAUUCCCACCGUACCAUCCAUCAACUCAGAAAUAUAAGAUGGCUAAGGUAUGUCCAGGGCCUGAUGGAAAGCUCUAUAUGAAUAUAGUUUGUCCUGUUGAUGUGACAGCCAUGCCAGAGAAGACUCUACCUGAUCUACAAAGUACCCAGCAUGCAUUACAGAUCAUGCAGAAUGUUUCUAGGUUUUCAGGGCAACCAUUUUUCCUGGCUGUUGGAUAUCAUAAGCCUCACAUUCCGCUGAAGUAUCCUAAAGAAUAUCUCAAUUUAUACCCAUUAGAUAAAGUACAUUUAGCCCCAGAUCCUAGUCUACCUCCAAAACUGCCAUUAGUUGCCUGGAAUCCUUGGGCAGAUCUCAGAGAAAGAGAUGAUGUUAAAAUGUUACAUGUCAGUUUCCCUUAUGGACCCUUACCAAAACAUUACCAGCUGUUAGUGAGACAAAGUUACUAUGCAGCUACCUCCUAUAUGGAUGACCAAGUGGGACAGUUACUGAAGGGAUUAGAAAAGUACAACCUGUCAAGUAAUACUGUUAUAGUAUUUAUGGGGGAUCAUGGCUGGUCUCUAGGAGAACACCAGGAAUGGUCUAAGUACAGUAAUUUUGAGGUAGCAACCAGAGUGCCAUUGAUUGUUUAUGUGCCUGGUCUGACCAAUAAAGGACAAAAUUUACACAGAAAGUUUAUCUUUGAUCGCAAUUUCAUAAACAAAGAUAAUUAUAGAGUAACAAAUGCCUUGGUUGAACUUGUUGAUGUCUUUCCAACGAUAUCUGAACUAAGUGGCAUUAAGGUUCCUGAAUUAUGUCCUGAUAAUGAUUCCGAUAUAGAACUAUGCACUGAAGGAACUAGUUUUCUUCCCUUGAUUAAAGAUACUGUUUUCAAUAAUGGUGCUUCAGACCUGAAAUGGAAAUCUGCCGCUUUCAGUCAGUAUCCUCGACCGUCAGAUUUACCCCAGGAAAAUAGCGAUCAGCCGAAAUUGAAAGAUAUUAAAAUUAUGGGAUAUACCAUGAGAACUGAUAAGUACCGGUAUACUGAAUGGGUAGGUUUUGACCCUUUGACUUUGAAAACUAAUUGGACAGAUUUACAUGCUAGAGAGUUAUAUGUACAUGACAUAGAUCCUGAUGAAGAUAACAAUGUAGCUGGACUAUGGGAUUAUAUAGAUGUGGUAGCUGACCUGUCUGACAAGUUGCUCAAAGGAUGGAGGAAAGCUUUACCUAAUUCUUAUAAUUCUGACAAGCUAAAUCACAGAUAGAGGAAAGUUCUAACUAAUUUUUAUAAAAAUUAAAUUAAAAAAAGGCAACAUAGAUGAAA